CCCACCGUCAUGAACCGAACCUCGACUCCUGUGAGGCGCCGACGCAACGAAAAACGACAGCAAAAGGGACCAGGCGUGACCGCGACCUGGCUCUUGGAUUGUUGACGUGUAAUAUCUCUUCUCAUCGAAUUGCACACAAAUCACAGUCAACAUGGCUUCUCCACAACCGCCGCCGUCACGUCCCCCUCCGUCACUCACAACCACCUCGCCAUACCCCUUCGCUGCCGCGCCAGACAUCAUUCGCGCUCACCAAAAGGACGCCUACUUCCAAGGGGUCCUGAACAACCGGCUGAGUGACCUGCACCGCCGGCUGCGCGGCGCCCGCUCCGCCCAUGCCUGGGCCAACGAAACCCGCACAUUCGCCGACGCCCUCUACCUCGGCCUGACCACGCUGCUCGGCAACCGCACCCUCGGCGAAGAAUACUGCGAUCUCGUCCAGGUCGAAGCCCCACAAAUCGCUGCCACCACCACCAGCACCUCCUCCCCCAAGGACGGCACCCCGGGGCCCGUCCUACCCUCCCUCACCCGACGGGCAGGCAUGAUCAUCGCCUCGACGCUCCUGCCCUACCUCGCCGGGCUGCUCCUCCCGCGCCUGCGCGCCGCGCUCCGCGCGCGCCUGCAGGCCCGUCUCGCGCGCCUCGCCCGCCAGAGCCAGGGCCAGGGCCGCGACGAAGCGCGCGAGGUAGACGACAAGUCCGGCAGCCGCCGCCCCAGCCGCGCCGGCCGCGGGCCCAGCGCCGAGGCCCGCGUGCUGCGCUACCUGCUGGCACACCUGCCCGCGCUGACCAGCGGCGCGCACAUCCAGGCGGCGGCGCUGGCCGUGUUCUACUUCACGGGCGCGUACUACUCGCUGUCGAAGCGCCUGUUCGGGCUGCGGUACGUCUUCACCCGGCGGGUGGAGGAGGGGCAGGGCGGGCGCGCGGGAUACGAGGUGCUCGGGGUGCUGCUGGUGGUGCAGAUGGUCGUGAGGGGGUACUUGCACGUGCGGCAGCAGCUUGCGGCCGGGAACAGUCCGGAGGUGGACGAGGGUGCGGAGUACCGGGAGAGGGCGGAUUUCGGGCCCGGGCCGAACGUGGACGUGAGCUUGGACGGGAACGCAUAUGCGAGCAAUACCGAGUUGCUUGGUGUCCCCGGCGGUGGAGGGUCAAACGCGCAGAGGAGUCUGGAGGCGAUCGGGGUGACCACACAUACGCCAGUGCUCCGAGGGGGCAAGGCCAGGUACGAUUUAGGAGCGAGCCAAAAGGUCAUGGGAUGGAUCAAGGGCGCCCAGCAGAGGAAAUGCACCCUGUGUCUGGAACAGCUGAAGGACCCGGCGGCUACACAGUGUGGGCAUGUGUUCUGCUGGGCGUGUAUAGGGGAUUGGGUGAGAGAGAAGCCCGAGUGCCCGCUGUGUCGGAGGGAGGCAAUGGUGCAGCAUAUUCUGCCGUUACGAGCUGCAUCAUGAUGAGAGCUAUGCU